CUUAAAAAAAAAAGUGAACGAACAAAGGCGAAGAUCAUCCGAACCAGCAAAGCUUGAAGGAUUUUUCAUUCCUUUCUUCAUCAUCAUAUCCGAAAAUGGAAAACCCAGAGGCAAAUCAACUUCCUGAAGUGGAUUCGUUGCCUGAUGGUUUUGUUGAGAGUCCUUCAGAUCCUUUGGCUCCUAAAACUCCAGUUUUGGAACAGGAAAAACCUUCGGAACCUGAUUAUAAAGAAGAUGGCUUAGUUGCCAAUGAAUUUGGAGCAAGAAAGGGCCUGAAGCAAAGAACUUUUCCUGUUCCAUUGUCUGAAGUUGAUACUUUUGAUAGUUAUUUGGAUUCUGUUGACGGUAAAUUAGUCGGUCACGUGGCGCCCAGCCGUUCCAUUCCUGAGGCUGCAAAGGUUGAGGCGACAGAAUUCAGUGAGAUGAAAGGAGAACUUAAAGGGGAGUCCCAAACUACAGUAAGAUGUGAAGGAGGAUCAGAAACUAAAUCUACUAACUUGAAGGAAACAUAUUCAUCGGAGAGUGUGGAUUCUGCGAAGAACAAAAAAACAGAAACCAUCGAAACCAAACGCAAGAAUGCAAAACGUACAUUAAAAUCUGAAAAGGAAUUUCUCGAGUUCUCUUUCACAUAUCAACAAGUUCUCGCAGAAAGAGAUUCAGCUAUUGCUGUCCGAGAUAAACUUGAAUCACUUUGUAGGGAGUUACAACGGCAAAACAAAAUGUUAAUGGAUGAAUGCAAACGGGUAUCAACAGAAGGGCAAGAUAUAAGAUUAGAUUUAUCAGCGAGGUUCCAUAAUGCGAUCAAGGAUGUGACCAAUAAGAUGGAAGAGCAGAAGAAUGAGUGUCUAUCUCAAUUGAAGGAGAAUGAGAUGUUAAGAGAGAAGUUGAAGCAGUUUGCCGAUCAAUAUGCUCUCUCUGAACAACAUUUUGAACAAAAGCUAAAGCAGAAAACACUAGAACUAGAGCUUGCUGAUCUAAAAAUUAAACAACAUGAAGAGAAAUUGGUUCAAGAAAAAACGCAGAUGAAAGUAUAUGCAGAGCAAGUGUCACAGUUAUUGGCAACUGAAAAGAACUUGCGCACUCAGUUGACAGCCGAUGGAGAAAAAUUCCAACAGUUUCAGGAUGCCUUGAUAAAGAGCAAUGAGGUAUUUGAAACAUUUAAGCAAGAGAUUGAAAAGAUGGGAAAAUCAAUCAAGGAACUGAAGAAGGAAAAUGUAUUCUUGAAGAGCAAAUGCGACAAAUCCGAUGUUACUCUCAUAGAACUUGUGGAGGAGCGCGAGCUAUUGAAGAAACAAUUGGAUAAGACAAGGAACCAGAAAGAAAAGCUCGAAUCAUUGUGCCGAUCCCUUCAAGCAGAGAGGAAGUAAAGCUCCUCCGGAGGCAACAGCCUUGAUUCCAUGACAAUUUGAAUGCAAACAUGUUAUUUAACCGAAUAUGAAUGCAUGUCUUAUUAUUAUUAUUAUGGUUUAAAUUGUCAUCUUUCCUGUUCAUCAAGAAAAGGAAAUCGAUAUCGUUCUCUUAC